CGCGCGCUGGUCCUCCGGCCGAAAAAAUGUCUUUCUUCGGCUGGGGCAGAGGGGCACGAGAAACCGCUGACGAUCACCCGGGCCGCAAUCUGCAGGACGGGCUCCUACAAAUCGCCUCGCAGGCUUGUCAUAUUCUCGUCCAGGUAAACAACACCCAGAACGUGUCUUACGGCGGCAGUAACAGAGUCACGAACGUCGCAUACUCGAAGAACUCGGAGGGCUUGGGGGUAGCCUCGAGCUCCUUGGGAGCCUCCGGCUCUGGAGUUUACUCGAAGAAUGUCGAUUCUCGUCUCAAGGACCAGGACGUCGUCGUGCUCUUGCCGCCGAGCAAGUCCAGGACUCCGAGGAUCAGGCACAAGCUUGCGACUGUUUCAGAAAAUGCUCGACUGGAUGUUAAUUCGCCAGCCGGUGAUGAGGAUUUCGACUUCUGGGAUCAAACUGGUUUCAUGUUGAAAAACGAUGUAGACGACCCGUUCGACGGAAGAUGGGGCACGCAGGAUUGGUGCAGGCCGAGCUACAUACCGAUCAGCAUAAUCCUGGUGUUGAUCGUGCUCGUGGUCCUGCUGCCGCUGCUCGACAAUGCGGACAAGCAGGGCCUGCACGGCCGGGGCUUCGGCAACGACAGCGAGAUGUCCUGCAUGCGUGACUGUGACAUCUCCCUCGUCGAGUCGAUACCCCGCAACAUGAGCUACGCCAACGGCUCGGUCGUGCACCGGAGUACAUACGACACCUGGCUCGAGCUCAUCGCCCUGGCACGCAAGGAUAUAGAGAUAGCUUCGCUCUACUGGACGAUGAACCGGGAGGAUCUCGCUUAUGCAGACGAUAGUGCUCGGGAGGGCGAGGAAGUGUUCCAGGAACUUCUGAGAGCUGGUAGGGACAGGAGAAUCAAUCUCAAGAUAGCCCAGGACACUCCUAGCCAGCUCAGUCCGGACGUCGACACUGAGACGUUAGCCAAGAGGGCCAAUGCUCAAGUGCGUAGUUUGAAUUUUGCAGCUCUCCUCGGUGGCGGAGUGCUCCACACAAAAAUGUGGAUAAUCGACCGUACGCACGUGUACGUCGGUUCGGCGAACAUGGACUGGCGUUCGCUUACCCAAGUCAAGGAGCUCGGCCUGGUUGCUUUCAAUUGUUCCUGCAUGGCUCGGGAUCUCGCCAAGAUUUUUGAGGUUUAUUGGUAUCUUGGUAAGACUGGUAAAAUUCCAAACGUUUGGCCCAAGCCAUACACGACUAAGAUAAACGUCAAGACUCCGAUGGCUUUUGAGUUGGAUGGCAAUAACUACACAAGUUUCUUCGCCAGCUCACCAACGCCGUUUUUGCCGGAGGGUCGUACGAGCGAUCUCGACAGCAUCAUUCAUUGCAUUGAAAAGGCCGAAAAAUUUAUCUACAUCUCGGUGAUGGAUUAUUUCCCGUUGACCAUUUACUCCCCGAAAAUCAAGUUUUGGCCGGUGAUUGAUAACGCGCUCAGAACCGCUGCCAUCGAGCGCAAAGUCAACGUCCGACUAUUAAUUUCCAAGUGGAAACACUCAAGAGCCUCCGAGGACCAUUUUCUCAAGUCUAUAGAAGAUCUGACGGAUAGCUACAGCAAAAUUAAAAUCGAAGUGAGGAGAUUCAUUGUGCCUACUAAUCCUGAGUUGGACAAAAUUCCUUUUGCCCGAGUAAAUCAUAACAAAUAUAUGGUUACGGACAUUGCAGCUUAUAUUGGUACAAGCAAUUGGUCUGGCGACUAUUUUAUCAAUACUGCAGGAAUCGGUUUGGUAUUCGAGGAUGCUAGUUCGAAGAAUCAAAACAGCAUCCGGCAACAGCUGGAGGAUGUAUUCGAGCGUGACUGGAACUCUCAAUAUUCAUAUUCUUUAUCAUGUACAUUUAAGUUGUAAAAUUAUUGAAAUAUUUAUUGAACAUUAUUUUUUUAUCUAGCUAAAUUUAUGG